AUGGGUUGUCGUCUGAGCUCUCAUGUUAAGUUUGAGACUGUGGAGGAGGUUGAUGCGGUCCACAAAGCAGAUGGCACUGAUCAACAGGACAAUGCUGGCGGUGCUCAACAAAAUCAAAUUAAUAGUGUUGGACAACAUGAUACUCGUGAAUAUGUAAGUUGGUAGGGUGAAGAAAGAGUAGAAAAGUAGGGUAGAGUAGGGUAGGGUAGGGUAGGGUAGGGUAGGGUAGGGUAGGGUAGGGUAGGGUAGGGUAGGGUAGGGUAAGGUAGGGUAGGGUAGGGUAGGGUAGGGUAGGGUAGGGUAGGGUAGGGUAUCGUAGGGUAGGGUAGGGUAGGGUAGUGUAGGGUCGGGUAGGGUAGGGUAGGGUCGGGUCGGGUCGGGUCGGGUCGGGUCGGGUAGGGUAGGGUAGGGUAGGGUAGGGUAGGGUAGGGUAGGGUAGGGUAGGGUAUAGUUUAGAAGCCUAAUUUUUAAAAAAUUAUUUUCAGAUAGACAACGUUGACAUAUCAGAUGUAAAUCUAAUUUUCUUUGGGAUCCAUGGCUGUUCAACCCUCCUCGAGCUAUUAUUUUUGGUUGGAGAAAAGGUCAAAUUAGAAUUAUUUCUAGAGGUUGAACCUGCCAUGGAAACGAUUUUACUCUGUUUGAAGAAAAAACGUCAGAUUCUUAUUAAAGUGCAUUUCUACAAUGUUUGUGUUUGGCCUCGACCUGUGCUAGACACAAUCGCCAACUUCUUUUUGCGUAUGUCCUUUACUGUUUAAACGAAUUAGGUCUAGAAAUAUCAAAUUUUGUUUUUUGACGACUUUGGCAAAGGCUAUUUUAGAAUGCCUGAGAUUGAUAAAAAGCUCGUAAAAAUGAUAAAACAUCUAUUUAAAACUAAAUUUAUAUUUUUAGGCAAUGUACCAAAAAUAUUUGAAAUAGAUUUUGAAAUAGACUUUGAACAUGGCAACCGUUAUGUACCAUUCAUCGACUUUUACCAGAAACUCUACCCCAUUGUUGAAGUUUUACUUGUUGAUGAUCCGGCUUUCCUAAGACACUUCCUGAACGUGAAAAUCAAGAAGUUGGGAUUAAAUAGCAGUUCCGAUUGUUGUAAGUUUGCGACAUCUUUUUCUUUUAUUAAUUGCUGACAAGCCUACCUUAGAUCUUAUUGUACUCUAGGCCCUACUGUGCCUUAGUCCCUAAUGUGCUCCGCGCCCUACUGUACCCGAGGAUCUACCGUACUCUAAAUCUUUGCGUACUUUAGGAUCUACCGUACUAUAAGCCCUAUUGUACUCUAAGCUAUACCGUUUCCCAAGCCGUACCGUAACCUAGUCGCUAUUUUAUCUUAGUCCAUACUGUACAAUAUGCCCUACCGUACCCUAGAGCCCGCAAUAUCAUAUGGCUCAUCAUACUUUAGGCCUUAUCGUAACAUAUAUCCCACUGUAUCUUGAUUAAAAUUGUACUUUUGACCUUACCUUACCUUCGAAUACAGCUAACCUUAGUUGCUACCGUUUCAUUGAGUAUGCUUCAUCCUAGCCCUGACUUUAUCCUAUUGUACCAAAACUCAACAAACGUUUUUUUAGUUUUGUUUCCUUUGAAAUACGCCCAAGUACAACAUAUUAAACUUUGUUCUACAUGGUUAUUAAAAAGUUUCCACCAUAACGGAAUUGUGAUGCCGUCCGUCAUCACGGUUAUUGUGUAUUUGGACCAUCAGUUUCAAGAUGCCAAUUUGACGAUUUUUGAAAAUGUUGGCAGUUCGUUUCCCGGCAUCAAAACGCUAACUCUUUUUUUAUGGAGGGGUGUCUCUGAGGACAAAAGUAUUCCACGUAAGUCUAUGAUGUUGUGUUUAACUACCCUACCCUACCCUACCCUACCCUACCCUACCCUACCCUACCCUACCCUACCCUACCCUACCCUACCCUACCCUACCCUACCCUACCCUACCCUACCCUACCCUACCCUACCCUACCCUACCCUACCCUACCCUACCCACUGUACUCUACCCACUGUACUCUACCCUACCUACUUUACUAUACCCUACGGUUUUAUUUGUUAAAUUGCGCAUUUCAGUUAUGGAUCACAGCCUUUUUGCCGCAAUUGACGACGCUUUCCAGUUAUUCGAAAGCAUGUUAAAGUGGAAGCAAGAACAAUUUAGCAUACUUAUUGACUUUAAAGUCGGCUACAGCUAUCAGAUUGACACAAGUUUGGCAACGAAAAUUAUAGAAUAUGUUGGCUACAAAUGUUGCUACAAAAAUGGCCAUGUUCGUUUGGAAAUACAUCAGAAUAAUGUCAAUUUAGAGAUGCGUGUGAAACGUGACUGA